AAAAUGUAUUUUAUUUUAGCUUAGCUUUUAACUUUGGUUGAUUGUUUCCAUAGGGGUAUAAUAUUAUUAUAGGCGUUGUUUUUCAUAAAGUAAAGAGUAAGAGUAAAGUCAUAAGUGAGAGUGAGACAAGUGAGUACGUGAGUAUUGGUAGUUGUAUGUUCACUAUAUCGUUUUAAAAGCAGAUAAGGAGAUAAAUUAAGAUAAGGAUCUACAAGUUGGCACAGGCAAAUUUUUGACACUAUGUCUUGGUUGAAGCAUCCCGACAAACUUUUUCCUUCAAAUAAAAAUAUUAAAAAGGGGGCAAAUUUACCCACAGAUAAUACAGGUGCCUCUGGUGGUGAUACUAAAAAGGGGACAUAUUUACCCGCAGAUGAUACAGGUGCCUCUGGUAGUGAUAUGAAAAAGGGGACAUAUUUACACACAGAUGAUAAAAGUGCCUCUGGUAGUAAUAUUAAAAAGGAGACAUAUUUACCCACAGAUGAUAAAGGUGCCUCUGGUAGUGAUAUGAAAAAGGAAACAUAUUUACCCACAGAUGAUAAAAGUGCCUCUGGUAGUAAUAUUGAAAAGGAGACAUAUUUAGCCACAGAUGAUAAAGGUGCCUCUGGUAGUAAUGUUAAAAAGGGGACAUAUUUACCCACAGAUGAUAAAGGUGCCUCUGGUAGCGAUAUUAAAACGAAAUCAAACAUUAACACUAAGAAGACCUCUCUUCCAAACAAUAAUAUUUUGCCUUUGGAUACUGUAGAAAAAGUAAUUAAGAAUGCAAAAUCCAACAAGGAAUUUAAAAGUUUGUUAGAAAUUGUUUUAAAUAUAAUGUCAAACAAAAAUGUUGGAAAUAGCAAAAACAAAAUUGAUCUUUUUGAGUCCUUCCUCGAUAAUUAUCAAUGUGCUAAUGCAAAUUACAUGAAGCAAAUUAAAGCUGCUCUGAUGGAUUGUGAGUCACUAAUACCAAUAGCCUCAUAUUUAGUGGAUAACAAAGAAUGUAAUCUAUAUAUGAGCCCAAGGACAGGAAACUAUCAAGAAUUACAGUACUGGUUUGGAGAAUCAAGGAUAGCGAGAGGAGUAAUGUCCAAAAAUAAUGUUAAACGAGAAGUAGUUAUGAAGCUUAAUCCGAUACAUCAUGAAUAUAUAAUAAAUGAAAUUGCCGUACUGGCUAAACUUAAGCAUCCCAACAUAAUAGAGUCAUUGGGUUUUUUUUUCUCUGGUGUAUGUAAUAAGAAAGGAAUUAUUUUAGAAUUUAUGAACUUUUCUGAUUUAGCUAGAGGCCUAAAGAUGGGGGUUGUUGAUUUAAGUAAAAAAAACUUGAAAAAAAUAUUAAUCGAUCUAACAACAGGUAUGGAGUAUGUUCAUUCUCAAAAAAUUUUACAUAGAGAUUUAGAACUGAUGCAUUUUCUUUGCAACGAUAAAAAUGAAUAUAAAAUAGGAGGAUUUGGUAAAGCUGUUUAUGUGGGCAAUUCCAAUGGAAAAUUUCAGUCGUUGGUGUCGAGUGUCAGACGUGACCAUCCUUUGUUUGAGGCUCCGGAAUGGCGUGGAACGGAAAGAUUCACAUACACAUACCAAACUGAUGUUUGGAUUAUGGGAUGUUAUUUUAAAAUUAUAUUGAUCAAUCGGAGAGAGACAUAUCGCUUAUGUCGAGAUGACGACAUCACGGAAAGGUUGGAGUUAUUUGUAAAUAACUUUAUGCUCGCCGAGAAUCCAGGAUCCAGGAACGAUUUUGCUCAAUUAAAAGCACUUCUUCAAAAUAUGGAAAUUUAAACCACUUUUUAUUAUAUCACACAUACUAAUACUACUACAAUAAAGCUUUUAUAGUAUUAA